AAUUACCACACGCAAUCAGAGCGUAGACAGGCAGCAAUGGCAGCAGUCGCGCCGUUCACGGGCCCGCAGCUCACACUGCCCAUUGACGUUCGCUGGAAUUUACCGUCCGUUGUCUGCAGCGCCCUCAUGAGUCUCUACAUCAUCGUCGCUCCGCUCGACGCUUAUCUAUACGAGGCCUUUCCGUGGACCAUCUCGGUGCCUACUGUCACCAGCCAGACGUCGCACCUCUCGUGGGCAGAAGCGAGUCCUCUCUGGCUCGCCGCCGCCACCGCGCGCUACAACGACACCGCCUUCGCAUGCGGCGCUAGCUACACCUACGACCGCGAGACCAACACGGACGUCUACCGAAGCCCACUAAAUAUGUCGACCGAGUGCGCGCUGUACGAGCUCCACACGGGCGGGCUCCUCUCGGCCCGGCUCCAGUCGCUCGUGUGCGCCGUUGUUCAGAACACGUCGUCGUCUCCUGUCACGGGCGGGUGCCAAGAGAAUAGGUUGUUUUCGCAGCGGGCGUCCGUGCUCUGCAUCUGGUUCGCCUCCAGCGACAACGGCGACGACUUGACUGUCUAUGAGCUGUUUCACGUGGCGCGCACCCCCCAGUUUCUCUACGGCAUCUUGGGCUUCCGCGUCGCGCUCGCCCUGUACACCGCGCUUUUGCUUCGACGCACGUACGUGCUGCCAGUCCUACGGCUGCACCGCCAGUGUUAUCAGCUCGCGGCCAGCCGCUGCGACGUGAUCGUGGGCGAUCCGACGUCGCUGGUCAUCCUGGACCCGCUGCUCUUGAUAGCAAGGACGCUUGACCUCUGGCUCAGCGUGCCCGUCGUCGGGUCAUCAACAAUUGCAGUGUCCCAGCUUGAAGCUUUGGACCACGCGAUGCUCGGUUGCAUGUACCUCUCCCGCACGGUCUGGUUUGCGUACGGAUCCCUCGCACUCGUCUCGAGAGCGCUCAAGCGCUACCACUGGGAAACGCGGUACCGGCCCGCCAACCCGACCCUUCUCGCGGUCCUCGCCACGCUUCUUGCGGGCCCACUGACGUAUCUCCAAGCCCAAAGCAACCUCCUCGUGCGGCUCUACGAGAUGAUUUUCGCCGGCCAGGAGCCCAGUACCAUCCAAAUCUUUUGGGGAUUCCUCCUCUUCCAUCUCCUCAUUGCGGCACUUCCACUCGUGUACCUUGCGCGCGUUCCGUCCAGUGACGAUGGCGGCGCCUCAGCGCUUCUCGCCAAGGCCGUCACGACGCGGUAUACGACCGUCGGCGCCACCGACUGGAAGCAGCGCCUUCUGCUGCCGGUGUUUCUGCGGUCGGCCGGCUGCGUCCGCCAGCACGGCUGCUCGAUCUACAAUUUCUUCUAUGUCAACGCGGCCUUUCGCGCGUGCCCGGGCCUGAGCCAGCGCGGGUCCGACUGCUACAUCGUGCUCUACAGCAGCGGCGCCACCGAAGUGUGUCGCCUUGCGCUGCGGCGCCGCGUCGAUUUCACGGCGCAGCCCGUGACGAUCGAGCGACGAGACGACGCGUUCUUUGGCAGCGUCGGCAUCGUCAUCAACAAGGGCGCCACCAGCCCGACCUUUGUCGUGGUCGAGCCCACGCAUGCGCCGUGCGAGUGGAUCCAAUAACGGAAAUGGACACAAGGCUCGACAUGUUGAUUCCGCGCCUCCAAGAUGUCGUCUCUCGCAACGAGGCUACGAGACACGUUCUCAAAGCACCUUGCGUGCACGCGCCGUCAUGGAGCGAUGCGUUGAUACAUUGAAAGAUAUGAACACCACAACCAUAUCCCUCCACUUAACG